AUGAAGCUCUUGCUCCCUUUACUCUUCGUGCGCUGCAUCAUAGCAUUGCCAGCCGCAGGCACUGAUCCCACCCCCGGAAUCACACUUGACAUUCCAACUUCCUCUGGCGGCAUUUGCUUUAACGGAUCGGUGAAUACCGUGACCAAAACCGUUAAUAGCACUACAGGUGUCUUCCAGCUGGUGCACACCCUCGAUACGUUUACACCAUGGACCGAACCUAGCAGAACGGCCAACAACCAGAGGAGAAAUUGCGUAGCGAAUGUAGACAUCGGCAUUCCUUCAGGAUACAGAGCUCGAGCGAAUACAGUGGGAAACGAUGUUAGCGGUUAUAUUCAGCUGGAGGAUGCUAAAAUGUCGGCACUCUUCAUCGCAGAUUACUCGUUUGCGUCGAACCCAGAUUCUGUAUCCAGUUCUACUCUCUACUUCGUGGGCCCGAUGAACGGGAGAUUUACGAGACAUGCGGAUGUGGAGGGCAAAGUCGCCUUGAGUUCUUGUGGUGGAGAUACGCUAAAGACGGCAUAUCGCAUUAGGGGCCUUAGUGCGAGUUCGAGUUCGCUGGGUUAUUCUAGGCGAGAUUUGGAGCCAGAUGACUUCAAAUGGGUUAUCACUACUGGGGUAGAAAUUUUGAAAUGUUGA